CAGGCUUUUUUUCCAUCAUGGCAGAUCCCAAUUAAGUGCUGACCGCCUGUAGAUUAUACCACAGCUUCUUCUCCUUUGAUUACGACGACGACAUUGACGACGACGACGACGACGACGACGACGACUACGACGACGACUACGACUACGACUACGACGGCGGCGGCGGUGGACCACGACACCCAAGACGACCACCUCGACGACCAUUUUGUAUCCCAGUCUGGCUUGACUAAAGGACUUCGACGUCAACCAUGCCCAAAUCCCCCGACCAUGUCUAUACCGAAGACCAGCACUCGUCCUCGGUAGAAGAUUUCGACCUCGACGAUGAACACAAGACGCUGUUGUUGCCGGGCUCGCCGUCGCCAUCCCACAAGAGGAGACAGGGGACGGUUCUUGUGUGGCUCAGAGGCCGGCAGCGCUCGUUGCUGAGAAGGUUCCGUCGUCAGCCUCGCUCUCUUCCCCGCCUGCUCCUCCGCUACGCCUUCUUGUUCGUCCUCAUCGUCUUGACCGCGACGCCCAUACUCUUCCCGUCUUAUACGCGCCACCCGAAGCACUACAAGGACCUGAGGAAUCGAUGCUUGGUGUCUGACAGCCUUUCCGGCUGUGCGAACCUGCGGAACGAAAAGGUAUUCAUUGCUGUCAGCUUAUUCGAUCCCGAGGGCAAGAUUGCCGGCGGUGAGUGGGCCAAGAACGUCCUCGACCUUGUGCACAUGAUCGGGGAGGACAACGCCUUUCUCAGCAUCUACGAGAACGACAGCGGCGACCUGGGCACCGCCGCCCUCGAGGAGUUUAAGAAGAACGUGCCCUGCAAGCACAAGAUUGUUAGCGAUGGCCACGUUGACUACAGCGCAUUCCCCCAUGUGACGAUGCCCGACGGGUCGCAGAGGCUGAAGCGCCUUGCCUACCUGUCAGAGAUGCGUAACCGCGCGCUCUACCCGCUGGACCAGCACGAUCCCGACGCCGGCGACGUCAAGUACGACAGGAUCCUGUUCCUCAACGACGCCCUGUUCGCCCCGAUCGACGCCGUCCACCUGCUCUUCAACACCAACACAGGCCAAGACGGCCGCGCCCACUACCUCUCGGCCUGCUCGAUCGACUACGACUGGAACCCGUUCCUCGAGUACGACCUCUACGCGCAGCGCGACGCCGAGGGCUUCUCCAACGGCAUCCCCAUCUUCCCCUACUUCACCGCCGCCGGCAAGGCUAUCUCGCGCAAAGCCAUGGUCUCGCAGACGGAUGCCGUCCCGGUCAAGAGCUGCUGGGGCGGCAUGGUGGCCAUGCAGGCCAAGUGGGUCCAGAACAUGGACAGGAAGCUGCCGACCAAGGACUGGCAGGCCGUGGCGCACCACGUCAUCAACCCAGACCACCCGCACAACGUGACGGGCCCGGUGCGCUUCCGGUACGAGCCCGAGCUGUAUUUUGACGCCUGCGAGUGCUGCCUGUUCCUCGCCGACGUGACCACCGUCGCAGACAAGGCCGGCGAGCCCGACACGGGCGUCUUCGUCAACCCCUACGUGCGCGUGGCGUACCGCAAGAGGACCCAGCGUCUCGAGCGGCUGAUCCGCCGCUGGGAGCGGCUCAUGGACCUCCCGCAGGGCAUCAUCACCUACUUCUCGCGGUUCCCGACACCCAACCCCCACCGCGAGGUCGUCGAGGGCCAGCGGUUCCGGGAGGAGAUCUACCAGCGCCGCGAGGGGUGGAAGAUGGUGGAGCGGACGGGGCGCAACGGCAUGUUCUGCGGGGUCCGCGAGAUGCAGCUCAUCAAGGAGGGCCCGCGCAACGGGCGCAACUGGGAGAACCACUACGGCAUCCCGUGGGACCAGCAGACGCUGAACUUUCCCAUGUGAUUGAUUCCGUCUUUAAUUACGAGGAAGAGCAAAAUGGAUGGGGGUUGGGCGGGUGGAAAGUUUGAUAACGGCACGGCGCAUCGGUUCACUUUUUUCCCCCUCCCCUUUUUUUGGUGCGGGCUAUUGUAUGUGUGUGGGUGCACGCUGGAAAUGAUACCACUUUCGUUUAAUCCUGUUGCUAUAUCCAUCCAUUCCCAUCUACAUAGAUAUACGGAGUAUAAUAUGCAUGUACCGAAUACACUGUUUUUUCAAAUCCUCAGCACCUUGCCCCGCUCCCAAGUGGCGCGCCGUUGCACGACGCAC